UUGACCCAGAUCUCUGUUUAUAUAUACACAUCGCGGUAAAGAAUUCGUUUGAAACGUCAACUAUUUGGUGGAAUAACUCGGCAGCUUAUAAACAAUGGUGUUUCUAGCGCGUUCUUACCAAGCACGUCUCUUCUUUAACUUACCGUGGUCUUUGAAAGCGAUGGCGCGUACUUCGACCACCCUUGUAGCAUCACACAAAGAAGUGUUGCCAUUCUCGGCCAUUCCUGGCCCAAAAGGAACCAUUCGAAAUCUGUUGGACUACGGGAUGUCCAGAGGGACGUUCUUUGAAGUCUUGGAAAAGCGCUUUGAUAAAUACGGCCCGAUUUACAGCGAAAAACUGCUGGACAGUCGUAUAGUGAGCAUUUCCAAUGUCGACGCCACGACGAACGUCUUGCGCACAGAAAAGAACUUUCAGAUGCGACCCGGCUUCGAGGCAGUUGCAGAGAUGUUGACGGAGACAGGCUUUGGUUUUGGGCUCGCCUCAAACGACUAUGAAAUAUGGUAUCCUGAUAGAUCACUGCUCUCGCCGAAGAUGAUGCGUCCAAAAGACGUGAGUGAGAGAUAUUCCUUGUUGAGUGCCCUAGCGAACGAGUUCACAGAGCGAGCGGCACGUCGUAUUGGACCAGAUGGAGUGGUGGACAACAUAGAAGAAGAACUGACCUUUUGGGCCGUAGAGUCGUUUGCCGCGUUCUUGUUCAAUCACCGUCUUGGUUUCUACGACGAACCCCCGGAUCCUGAAGCAGUCGUAUUCGUGAAUUCAGCUCGUAUUAUGCUUGAUAUGAUCGGAAAGAUGAUGCACGGUGCUCCUUUUUAUAAGUACUUCAAGACCUCUACCUAUUCCGCGUUGAAGAGAAGCAUAAUUGACGUAAACUCCAGUGGUUUGAACAUUUUAAAUAGAGUUUUAGCAACAAAGCAGGAGACAGUCAGUGGUCACAAACAAUCUUUGUUUGAAUUUCUCUCUGCCAACGAUAAAUCACCAGAAAGAAUGGCGUCGAUGCUUGUUGGUUUGAUGUCGGCCGGCAUCGAUGCCACCAGAACAACAUGCCUGUGGUUGUUUUACGAACUUGCUCGGAAUUCGGACAUCCAAGAGAGACUCUACAGCGAACUUUUGUCUUCAAUUGGCCCUGAUGGGGAGGUAUCAGCCAGCACGAUUCCUUCAUAUCUCAAAACCGCCGUGAAGGAGUCGCAACGCCUUUACCCGGCCGGAGGAUAUGUGGUUCUUCGUGAAUUUCAUAACGAUAUUGAUGUUCUCGGAUACAAUAUUCCAGCAGGUGUGAAGAUUUAUUCUUACGAAUUUCUGCAUUCAAUCGAUGAGCGUUACUAUGGAGCGGACGCGAAACAGUUUGUACCUGAGCGAUGGAUGCGUGAUGAUGCAGGAAAGAAAAGGGAGUUCAACCCGUUCACGAUGUUGCCAUUCGGCUUUGGUGUAAGAAUGUGCAUAGGUCGGCGAAUGGCCGAGGCAUUGAUCUAUACGGUAACAAGCAAGCUGCUGCUUCGCUACCGUUUAGAGUACGCCGGAGAAUGCGAGCUAAAACGAAGUCUAGUGGGAGCGUUCAUGAGUCCAGAUCAGCCUGUUUUGCUUAAGCUCAUUCCUCGCGAAAAAGAGAUUUAA